AUGAGUGCUCCCUUAAAGGCGGUGUUUGUGCUUAUGUGGCAAAGGAAGUGCGGUCCAAACUGCCACCACUCCUCUGCACUGCAGCUUGGUACCGUCCAUACCAAUACAAAAUGUGAAAAGGAUAUUGGAUGGGUGUCAAUGUUUAAUGUAACUGUAACAAAACAUUCCCUCUUCAGUCUUCACAAAUACCAUUAUCCGAAAAGGGAGAAAGAUUCUUCAAGUCUCCUGCAUUUCUGCCACCUAAGCUUCUCUUCGAAUCCAAGUUUUCUUCUAAGCGGCGCUGCUUUAAACUUUUCAAGAAAGAGACUAAAAAAAGUAGCGAACAUGAAGCAAUUGAUUCAAUUUCAACUGUUGUGUGUUACUUUAGGGUUCUUUCUACCCUCUUAUGACGCCGUUCAACCAAUUGAAGUUCGUGCUUUAAAUUCGUUCAAAGAAUCUAUCUUUGAAGACCCGUUUUUGGCUUUAUCAAGCUGGAAUAGCCUUGAUUCAGAUCCUUGUAACUGGUUCGGUGUUACAUGUUCUGGAAAUCAAAUUACAAAACUUAACAUUUCUGGUUCUUCGAUAAAGGGAUUCAUCGCUGAAGAACUCUUUCAGCUCUCCGCUUUACAAGAACUGAUUUUGCACGAAAACAAACUCAUUGGUCCGAUACCCACGUCAAUUGGAUCAUUGAAGUUCCUCAGAGUCUUGGAUUUGGGGAAAAACCAGCUUUCUGGUCCAAUUCCUUCCGAAAUUAGAAAUUUAGUCAGCAUUGUUCAAAUAAACCUACAAUCGAAUGGACUCACUGGGAAAUUGCCAUUGGAGCUUCAAAAUCUUCAAAACCUUCAAGAGCUUCGAUUGGAUAGAAAUAAACUUCAUGGGAUAAUUCCAGGUUUUUGUAAUUCAUCUUCAUUAAAAGUCGCAGAUUUCUCCUACAAUUUCUUCAUUGGAACCAUACCCAAAUGCUUAGAACAUCUUCCAAGGAAUAACUUUAGGGGAAACUGUAUGAAUUCCAACAACACCAAACAACGCACCCAUAAAAAAUGUGGCGGCACUCAACCGGAAACAGCCCAGAUCGCCGGAAAAUCAAGAUUACAUCCAACCGAACAAGACAACUACAAGAUUCGUCACUCAAAACCACCCGUUUGGCUUUUAGUGGUGGAAGUCAUGACCGGAGUUUCAAUCACCUCUCUCUUUCUAAUCGCUCUUCUCACAUUCAUUUUAAGAUGCAAAAGCAAACCUUCAGUUUUGAAUCUAUUAAAGAGAUCCACAAACAACAAACACGAUAUGUCAAUUCAUAUCGAUUCCAAUAUGUUAAAAGGUGUUACAAGAUAUAAUCGACAAGAACUCGAGAUCGCAUGUGAAGAUUUCAGCAACAUUAUCGGGUCAUCAUCUGAUAGUUUGGUUUACAAAGGAAUUAUAAAAGGGGGCCCAGAAAUUGCUGUUAUAUCUCUUUGUAUUAAAGAAGAACACUGGACCGGCUACAUUGAGCUCUAUUAUCAAAAAGAGGUUGCGGAUUUGGCAAGAUUAAACCAUGAAAACACUGGAAAAUUGCUUGGGUAUUGUAUAGAUAGUAAUCCGUUUACAAGAAUGUUGGUGUUUGAAUACGCAUCAAAUGGGACAUUAUAUGAGCAUCUUCAUUAUGAAGAAGGGUGCAAUUUAAGUUGGUCGCGAAGAAUGAAGAUCAUCAUAGGCGUCGCGAAAGUUUAUCUCACAGAAGAUUUUUCACCAAAGCUUGUUGAUUUUGAAAGCUGGAAAACAAUUGUAACAAGAUCUGAAAACAACUCUAGAUCGAUUAGCCAUGAAGGUGAUAUAUGUGUUCUCCCGAGUUCAUUUGAAGAUCGACAUUUGGAUAUUCAAGGGAAUAUUUACGCUUUUGGGGUUCUACUUUUGGAAAUUGUCAGUGGACGCCCUUCGUUUUGCAAGGACAAAGGUUGCUUAGUAGAUUGGGCGAAAGAUUAUAUUGAAAAGCAAGAGGAGAUAGGUUCGGUUGUGGAUCCUUCAUUGAAAUAUUUUAAAAAUGAGGAUUUGAAAGUGAUAUGUGAAGUGGUUUCUUUAUGUAUUCAUUUAAGGCCACGAGAUCAUAUAUCAAUGAAAGAUUUGUGCGCCAUGUUGGAUGAUAAAAUUGACACGUCAUCUUCUUCAGAGAUGAAGGCAUGUUCAUUGGCUUGGGCGGAGUUGAUGCUUUCUCCUUGACUGACAAUGGCAUUAUUGUAAAUACUUGUCAUGUACAUGGUUAUUUUAGGAGUUGUCUAGGAUAGGAGGAUUCUUGUGUUCAUGCGAGUUUUAGAACCUUAAAUAGCGUCAAGAUUGCACAUAUAUUUGUUUAGGCAAGGAUGUAAGACUUCGUAAUAAGAUCGAUCUCAGGUUUACUCUGGCAUCACUUUUUUUUUUUUAUUUGGAGAGAUUGUGAUUUAUCUCUCUAUGUUAAAAUGUGACACUAUUCAGUUUUUGAAAGAACUUU